UAAAAGCAUAAAAUAUGGUAAGAUCCAUGUUCAUAUUUAGCUGGAGUACUUAUAUGGGCCAAAUUAAAUUGGGUCCUACCGCAAAAGCGGUUAAUUUCAACCGAGAGAGAGAGAGAGAGAGAGAGAGACCUUUGUGAUAUACAAUAUUCAGAUAAGUGAUCUUGGUAUAUAUUGUUUGGAAAUGUAAAGUUAUUAUUCUUCGUAAAAAUUUUAAUUAGACUCCAAUUAUAUCAUUUAAGUAAUCGUUUGGAAUUAUAGGUCAUGAGAUAAGUGAUGAGGGUAGGUGGCACAAAAGAAGUGAUAAGAAUAGAUAGUGUACUUAUGUGAUCUCAUUGUUUGGGAUGAAAAAUUCUUACCCUUUAUAAUGUUUCAAUAGGUAUAGUUUAUGAAAAAUGAUAUUUAUAAUUGUAAAGCAUUCAAACACUACAUAAUCACUCUUUUUCGAAAUGAUUACGCGGUACGGUAUUUGUGCACUCCAAACUGUAAAUAGUAUUAAAUGUUCAAGUUUUUUAUUUUUUUAUUUUUAAAAAAAGGCUAGUUAAACUCAAUUUGAAGUCUUCCCAAAACCUAAAUAAAUAAAGGAUGGUUCAGUCGCCGCCCUAACCUAAAAUACACUCAUAAUCCCGUGAGCACUUCAACCUGUUUGAUACUUGUCACAAGAACAAUUUCCAAGUCUCAUCUAAAACCUGAAGCUAAAUAAAAAAUAAAACCGCUGGCCCAUUAGAAAAAGAGUCAAUCUUCAAAACCUACCACUUACAGGCCAUUUAUAAUAAUAAGCCAUUGAUAAUUUGCUUGGUCCACAGGAAGAAGUUGGAACAUAAUAUGGUGCAAAUCAGAAAGACUCAAAUCAAGUCCCUUAUUGUCUUCCUUAUCUUCCUCUCAUCCACUGCGAUUGGUGCAGCUAUGGAGCCACCACGACCUAGCAUCAGCAAGCACUUUGUGCUGGUUCAUGGAUCAUGCCUUGGAGCCUGGUCCUGGUACAAGCUCCUGCCUCUGCUCAAAUCUUCCGGCCACAAAGUCACAGCACUAGACUUAGCCGCUUCUGGUGUCAACCCUGUGCAGCCGAGCGAUCUCCGAUCCAUUUCUGACUUCUUUAGACCCUUGAGGAAGUUCAUGGAAACUCUUCCUCCUCAUGAAAGAGUCAUCCUUGUCGGUCAUAGCCUUGAUGGGUUGGCAAUUUCUCAAGCAAUGGAGUCUUUUCCGAGUAAGAUUUCUGUUGCUGUUUUUCUCACUGCCUUGAUGCCAGGCCCGACACUCAACAUUUCCACACUCAAUCAAGAGUCGUUUAGCAGACAAGAUACUCUAUUGGACAGUCGUUUUUCGUAUGACAAAGGCCCAGACAAGCCUCCAACAAGUUUCAUUUUCGGUCCCUUGUACUUAGCAUCCAAUGUGUUCCAGCUCAGCCCAACUGAGGAUUUGGCACUGGCUACAAUGCUGUUGAGACCAUUACCUCUGUUUAGUGAUGAAGACCUUUCAAUGGAGCUGAUGCUUUCCACUGGAAAGUACGGGUCGGUUAAUCGGGUUUACAUCAUGUCCGAAAAAGAUAAGGUUGGGAAGAGGGAUUUUCAAUGGUGGAUGAUCGAGAGAAAUCCACCCAACUCUCUGAUGGAGAUCACAGGAUCCGAUCACAUGGUCAUGAUGUCCAAGCCUAAACAGCUUUGGGCUCGUCUCCAAGAAAUUGCUGAAAAAUAUUCCUAAAUCGGUUUUUCAUGCAUGGGACUGUUUACUGUUAACAUAUUACUGUCAAAAGGUGUAUAGUUAUCAUGUAUUAUUUGAAACUUUUUCCUCUAAA